AUGAGCAUUCCGCCAUCAUCAUCAAAGACGACGCGCAACAUUCCACCACCAUCAUCAAAGACGACGCACAACAUUCCACCAUCAUCAACUUGCAAAGAGGAUGUUCGAUUCUGUAUGAGACCAUCUAAAAGCAACUACGUUAAAAUAAGGCUUCAUCAUAGGGGACAGUUAGUAGAGAGUCCAUGUAAAUGGUAUGUUAAUGGUUUGGUGUCUGAACUGGAUUGGGAAUGGGAUACGGACUACAUGUCGUACAUGGAUUUAGAAGCUUUGAUUAAGGAUGAGGGAUAUAUAAAUAUCAAAUGUAUGUGGUACUGGAACCCUAGGUUUUCCUUUGGUCGUGGCCUUAGACCCUUAAACUGUGAUAACGAUGUUCUUAAGUUUGUUGAGGAUAUUAAGGGCUUUGAAUUGGUGGAUGUGUAUGUUGAGCACACAAUAGAAGAGACUCCUGUUGUUGAGGAUGAUGUUGAUGGCUGUCCAAACUAUGCUGAUGAUGAAGCUGAAUCAGAUGUUGAAAUUUUAGGUAAUCCUGUUGAAGUUGAAAAGGAACAUGUUGAGGCUGAAGUUGAAGGUGGGGGUGAACAUGUUGAUACUCAAGAGGAUGUUGGAAGUGAACAUGUUCAGACUCAAGAGGAUGAUGAUGAUAGAGACUAUGUUGCAAGUGAGGGUGAGGUAAGUAGUUCUAGUAAUGAGGUGAAUGUUGAACAGCCUGUGGAUUUGGAUUGGGCCACUAUAAUUCAAUGUGAUGAGGGUGGUGAUAAGGAUAGAAAUUCUGAUGAGGAUGAUGACUCUGAUGUGUUACAAACACCUAAUGGAAGUGGUAGUGAUGAGGAACAAGAAAAAUUUCCCUCUUUUAAAAGUGAGACCUCAAAGUUUGAACUAGGAAUGGUAUUUAGUAACAAAGAAAAGAUACACCAGGCUGUGGCAGAUUAUGGCUUGAAGAUGAACAAAAAUAUCCAUGUUAAGAAAAAUGAUGCAAAGAAGAUGGUGAUGAAGUGUAUGGAAGGCUGCAAUUUUCACAUGAGGAUUAGCAAAAGGGUUGGGAAUCAAUUUUGGCAAGUAGUCAGUUUAAAUGAUGAACACAAUUGUUCCAGAACUCCAGGUAACAGACAAGCAAAGACUACUUAUUUGGCUAAGCAGUUUGGUCACAUAAUUAGGCACAACCCUGAUAUGAAGCCAGCAGGUUUGAUUGCUCAAGCCAUUGAAAAAUGGGGAGUUAAGAUAUCUCGUGAUCAGGCAUAUAGAGCUAAAAGAAAGGCUAUGGAUUUGUUACAAGGUGCUGCUAUGGACCAAUUCAACCAUCUGAGAAGCUAUGCCCAAGAGUUACUAAAAUCUAACCCUAAUAGCAGUGUUGUCAUCAGAUGUUCUCCUUCAAAUGAAGGCCCUGUCUUUGAAAGGAUUUAUGUCUGUCUAGAGGCUUGCAAAUAUGGGUUUGCAAAUUAUUGUAGACCAUUGAUUGGAUUGGAUGCCUGUUUCUUGAAAGGUGACUUUGGAGGACAACUUAUGGCUGCUGUUGGGAGAGAUGGAAACAAUAAAAUUUUUCCUAUUGCUUAUGCUGUUGUGGAAGCUGAGACAAAAGAUUCAUGGGAUUGGUUUAUCAAACUUUUAUUGGAAGACCUAGAAGCUAUAAACAAAAGAGCUUAUGUUUUCAUUUCUGACCAACAAAAGGGAUUGGUACCUGCUAUUCAAAGUGUGAGUGAACAUGUUGAGCAACGCCUUUGUGCAAAACACCUAUAUGGGAAUUGGAAGAAGAAAAAUCCUGGGCUUGAAUUCAAAGAGGUAAUGUGGAGUGCGGCUAGAGCUACAACUGUACCAGCAUGGGAAAGGGCAAUGGCAAAGAUGAAGAGCAUGAAGCAAUCUGCAUGGAAGGAUAUGAUGGAUAUCCCUGCCCAUUAUUGGAGUAGAUCUCACUUCAAAACAUAUUCUAAAUGUGAUCUUCAAGUAAACAACAUGUGCGAGGCUUUUAAUAGGGCAGUUCUAGAAUAUAGGGAUAAACCAAUCAUCACAUUGUUAGAAGGGAUUAAGCACUACCUUACCAAAAGGAUAACUAAGCAAAAGGAAGUCAUGACUAACUACAGUGGUGACAUAUGCCCCAGAAUACAACUUGUGCUUGAAACCAACAAGAAGGAUGCACAACAUUGGACUCCAACAUGGCAUGGUGAUGAUGACAUGGCAAUAUAUGGUGUGACUAAUGGAAGGGACACUUAUGUGGUUAAUUUGAAGAAUGAGACUUGUGCAUGUAGGAAAUGGGAUUUAACUGGAAUCCCUUGCAGUCAUUCCAUUACAUGUAUGUGGCAACACAAGAAUAAACCAGAAGAUUAUGUUUCUCAAUAUUACAGGAAGAGUAAUUACAAGAACACUUACUCCCAUAUUAUAUACCCUACUAAUGGUCCACAGCUUUGGCCUUUGGAUGAGCAAUCUAAAAUGAAUCCACCAAUUAUGAGAAGGGCCAUAGGUCGUCCUAAGAAAAUGAGGAACAAGGCUAAUGAUGAACCAAAGAAUCCGCAUGUCCUUCCUAGAAGAUUUGCAACAGUCACAUGUACUAAGUGUGGAGCAAUGGGACACAACAAGAGGAGUUGCAAGGGAAAGAGGGCAGCUGACAGAGCCAUCCCAAAAGGUGGAAAUACCAAGACUAAAAAGGGUGGUCAACAGAAGAAAACCAACACAAGUCAAGUUGAGAUUGGAUCCUCAUCACAGGAACCCCAACCAACUCAACAAUCUCAGCAUGAACAGCUAUAGUC